AUGUCGAGAAAGGCCUCUCCGACUGGAUCCGGAUUAAGCUCCAACGUAGGAGCAAUAAAUCGCCUCUUCUCAGCUGGCGCCAGUCGUAGCGCACCCGAGGACCACGGGAUUCCUUUAUCCAACGACGCUGUGGUCACCGAAUUCAGCAACCUGGCCAUCGUGAACAACGCAGGACGCGGAGCGAAUGAGCCGGCGCGGUCGGUGGCGAGUGCACAGGGCAACGCAGCAGUGGUAACAGGAGUGUCUUCCCCUCCUCCUCCCCAGGUAACAGAUGAUGAUAAUCAUAGUACGAAGGGCCAACAGUUAGGGACCAAGCGUAAGGAAGGAGCUAGUUAUACUGUUACGAAUAAUCCAGUCCGGUCUGUAAAUACGGAUAUAUACAGAAAACCCGUCGCGCGCGGAAAUCCUAAUCUUCGCGUUCGAAUAACACGGUUCAGUCACUGUGAAAUGUGUAACGAACGAGAUACGAGUAGCAUGGUACAGUGCGAUAAUUGUGAUUUGUGGUAUCAUUCCUCAUGUGUGGAAGUAACUGGAGGAAUUGCGGAUCGAAGUUGGGUCUGUCCGGCGUGUGGUAUUCCCGAGAUCGAGCAGCGUAGUACUGAUCUACUGAAAACAGUUCCUGUAGACCCACCCCUAAGGCUGGAGAACUCGCGGAAGUCUAUCGGUAAGGCAAGCAGCAAUCGCAGCAAUCAACGAAAAGUCGCCUUGCGGCUACAGAUGCUGGAGGAGCAGAAGCAGUUGGAGCAACGGUUUUUGGAAGAAAAAUACCGAAUACUAGACGAAGAGGAGGGUGACUGCGAAACUGUGGUUAGCGAAGAGGAUGUAAGAUCGAUGGAAAUGUCCAAGGUCCAAGGAUGGCUGGUAGACACCAGCAAAUAUGGUGAGGAUUCCGGUUUGGUCGAAGGAGACGGAUCCGAACUACAAGAGCAACGACCUGGUCUGAAUCAACGACCUGCGUAUGCAGGACUCAUCGAACCACGUUCGACGCUACCAUUCAAUCCCAAUCAGCGAUCGACGCCUCGUCAGCAGAGUCUCGGAGUGGAGCGGACUAGAAACAACAAUUUACUCCGAGAAUCGAUUCCCGUAUCGCAAAGUAUGUUUUACCAACCUUCAUCGCAAGUACCGCAAACUACGUUCCGUCAUCCAUCAUCGAACGUAGAAUUCCUUCACCGGAACCGUCAACCUGGUACAGCAGUCCAGUUUCGUCAGCCCCUUGAUAAUCAGCAUGCAGGUCCAGUUCCGGUACUUCAAUACACGCGACGAGGUCAUCCAUCGGCCCCAAUAGAACAGUUUCAGCCAGCCACUGGGGGCUAUCAAGUGCCUCGAAUGGAUCCAGCACCUCAUUUCUCUAGACACCAGGAAUCCAAUCUUCGAGACGUGGAAGACAACGUUUGCAUACUCAACCGAAGUCAGUUGGCAGCUCGCCAAGCCGUAUCCAAAGAAUUACCGGAGUUCUAUGGAAAUCCAGAGGAUUGGCCGUUAUUUUUCUCCAUGUAUAACUCCUCUACGCAGAUGUGCGGUUUUUCUAACGAGGAGAAUAUGCUUAGACUCCGAAAAUGCCUGAGGGGAAAAGCUCUUGAAGCAGUGCGAUGCCGACUGCUACAUCCUUCUAACGUUAACAGCGUAAUUUCCACCUUGAAGAUGUUGUACGGGAGACCGGAAGCCAUCGUGCAAUCAGCAAUCCGGAAAGUCCGGUCAUUGCCGUCACCGCAAGUAGAGCGGCUCGAUACAGUGGUAAACUUCGCACUAACAGUCGAAAAUUUGGUGGCCACAAUCGAAGCAUGCGGAAUCGAGGAUUUCGUGUAUAACGCUUCUUUGAAAUUUGAACUGGUAGAUCGACUACCUCCUGGACUGAAGUUGGAUUGGGCGAAGCAUUCCAGAAAUAUCCCAUCACCCAAUCUAUUGGAUUUCAGCGGAUGGCUGUAUUCGAUUGCUGAGGAUGCUAGCGCAGUAAUGCAGACUUCGGUUGGCGGAAGCAGAGGCCGUGGGACGAAAGAUGGAUUUGUGAAUAUUCACGCUGAAACUGAACACUCAGGAGAAACGCGAAGCGAACCCACGAUACAAGGAUCAUCUUCAGUAGCUGUACAGGAUUGCUUCGUGUGUAAAGGUAGAUGUCCAUCAAUCGUCAAAUGCAAACGUUUUGGGGAGUUGAGCCUGGAUGCGAAGUGGGCCGUUGUUCGCGACGCAAAACUGUGCCGUAAAUGCUUACGAAGGCACAAUGGAUCCUGUAGGCAACAAAAACCUUGCGAAGUCAACGGCUGUACGUUUUUGCAUCAUCCGCUACUGCAUAAUAAAUUGCAGGAUACAGAAAAGGUGCAAUCAGACCGAGCAUCGCCGAGUACCAUCGGAAGCUGCAACGUUCAUCAGGUUCAAACCAGUGAAGUUUUAUUCCGUAUUGUUCCGGUGCAGCUGCAUGGGCCAUCGAAAGUUAUUCAGACAUACGCGUUCAUUGACGAUGGCUCGGAACUAACGCUACUGGAGGACAGUUUAGCACAGGAACUUGGAGUAAAAGGACCUCGAACAUCGUUGUGCUUGAAGUGGACGGGAGGAACCAAGAGAGUGGAAGCUGAAUCGCAAAUAGUUGAUGUGGGAAUAUCGUCGACCGGAAAAUCGGAUCAGCCAUACAGGAUGACCAAAGUCCACACGAUACAAAAUCUGCAACUUCGACCUCAGACCUUAGUGCUCACCGAAUUGCUGCAGCGUUUCAAGCAUUUGAAAGGAUUACCGAUCGAAUCAUACACUAAUGUGUGUCCCCGCAUCCUGAUUGGCCUGGACAAUGCUACACUGGGACAUGUAAUGCAAGGACGGGAAGGAAAGUCCUGUGAACCAAUAGCGGUUAAGACUCGGUUAGGAUGGAUCGUAUAUGGAAGUUGUUCGCGAACACAGCAAGACAUUAGCUACGUGAACGUGCAUGCUAUUGAGGUAUGCGAAUGCAACAGAGUCUCGGACGAUGAUCUUCACACUGCCAUGAAGGAAUACUUCGCUUUGGACAGCCUCGGGAUCGCGAAGCCCAGUAAGAUCCUACGGUCUGCAGAGGACGAGCGAGCAAUGGCGAUUCUGGAAAAGCAAACUAACCGGAAGGAAGACCGGUAUGAAUCGGGGUUGCUCUGGAAGUACGAUGAUGUUCGCUUUCCAAACAGCACAGGGAUGGCUUUCAGAAGAUGGCAGUGUUUGGAUCGACGAAUGAAACGCGAUAAAACGUUUUCGGAAACAAUUCAAUUGAAAAUGACUGAUUAUGUGAAUAAGGGAUACGUGCGCAAGUUAACGGACGCAGAACUAAAUACACGGAAGGCUUUGGAGUGGUAUAUGCCUGUUUUUCCGGUAACGAAUCCCAAUAAACCGGGGAAGGUAAGACUGGUGUGGGACGCAGCUGCCGCUGAGUAUGGCGUUUCUCUCAACUCGCUGUUACUCAAGGGUCCGGACCUCUUGACGUCCCUCCUCACCGUUCUCGUGCAGUUUCGACAAUUCCGAAUUGCUGUUUGCGGGGACAUUCGGGAGAUGUACCUGCAGAUUCUAUUGAAACAGGAUGUUCGAUUGUGUUUUUUCUGGAAAGACAGUGAAGACGACGAAACCCCUAGUGUGUACACGAUGUUGGUGUUGCCAUUUGGAGUGUCAUGUGCCCCAACCAUUGCGCAAUAUGUGAAAAACACCAACGCUCAGCGGUUCACCAAGGAGCAUCCUGCGGCGGUCCAUGCUAUCGUCGACCAACAUUACGUUGACGAUAUGCUUAUGAGUACUGAAACUGAACAAGAAGCGAUUGACCUGGCAAGAAACGUCAAGAAGAUCCAUGCUGAAGUCGGCUUCGAGAUGAGAAACUGGGUCUCUAAUUGUCCGCAAGUUUUGAAAGCGCUAGAAGAGCCACAAACGAAGGAGAAAAGCCUUAACCUGGAAGAUGGUGUGGUAACCGAAAAAGUAUUGGGAAUGUGGUGGAAUACGACCACCGAUUGUUUCUUCUUUAAGAUUUCACCACGGUAUGACCCGGAACUGAUGUCUGGACAACGAAGGCCCACGAAACGCGAAGUUUUACGAACCUUGAUGAUGAUCUUUGAUCCCUUGGGGCUUAUUGGUCAUUUUUUGAUGUACCUGAAAGGAGUACUGCAAGAAAUCUGGCGUACUUCUGUCGGGUGGGAUGAGGUAAUCGAAGAAAAGCAUUUCAGAAUGUGGAUGGAGUGGCUCAACGUUCUUCCAGAGGUGGCGAAGGUAAAAAUACCGCGAUGCUUCAGGGCUACUACAUCUAUCGAAAGCUCAAACGAAAUACAGUUGCACGUUUUUGUUGACGCUAGCGAGAAGGGGUUUGCAGCAGUGGCUUAUCUUCGAUUUCAGGAGAGACAGACAAUUGAAACAGCGUUAGUGGGAUCGAAAACUCGUGUUGCACCGAUCAAGUUCCUAUCGAUCCCACGCUCAGAGCUUCAGGCCAGCGUCAUCGGAGUAAGAUUAGCGAACAGCAUACAGCAAUCUCUCACUAUCAAGGUAAACCGGCGUUUCUUCUGGACUGAUUCAACGGAUGUUAUCAGUUGGCUUCAAUCUGACCAUCGGCGAUACAGCCAAUUCGUCGCGUUUCGUGUAAGCGAAAUAUUGGAAACAUCUGAUGUUAGAGAAUGGCAAUGGAUACAAACGAAACAAAACGUCGCAGAUGAAGGAACCAAGUGGAAACGAGUUCCAGACAUGAGCGGAUCCAGCCGGUGGUUGAACGGGCCGGAUUUUUUGGGCAAACCGGAAGCAGAAUGGCCCAUCCAGCAUCAAACUGCUGGAGCAACUGUAGAAGAAUUACGUCCUCAUCUGCUAGUGCAUAUUGCGUCAUCUGAAGCAAUCAUCGAUCCUCAUAGAUUCUCCAAAUGGACCGAACUGCUACGCCGUAUGGCCUACGUGUUCCGUAUUGUCAAAAAUACAAGGAUUUCCAAACAGGAGAGGAGCUUUGGGCCUUUGACGUCAUCGGAGUUGGCUGAAGCUGAAAACUAUUUCUAUCGGCUUGCUCAACGGAGUGUCUUCGCCGAUGAAGUAGCAGUUUUGUUAGACAGAAGAAUGUCGGAAAACUCCAAGCUUGCCAUUCCAAAGAGCAGCUCAAUACACAACCUUUGUCCGUUCCUAGAUAAAGAUGAUGUACUACGCGUACGUGGUAGGACCGGAGAGUGUCGGUUUAUCAAUCAGGAGACUGUCAACCCCAUUAUCCUUCCGAAGGCUCAUCACGUCACUUGUCUAGUUGUGUCUCAUUAUCACAGGAGAUACCAUCACCAAAACCAUAAUGUCACCAUCAACGAACUGCGACUAAAAUUUAGUAUUCCCCAACUGAAGGCUACAUAUAACAGGAUCCGCCGAGACUGCCAGCAGUGUAAGAACGACUCUGCUCGGCCACAACCGCCGGCCAUGGGGGAUUUACCCUUACCUCGAUUAGCUGCUUACGCUCGUCCUUUCACGUACAUGGGAGUGGACUACUUCGGCCCCUAUGUGAUCAUUCUGGGACGUCGUUUAGAAAAGCGGUGGGUACUUCUGGCCACCUGCCUCACCACUCGAGCCGUUCACUUGCAAAUAGUUCACUCUAUGACCACCGAUUCAUGUAUAAUGGCUCUCAGGAACGUCAUGGCCAGGAGAGGUGUUCCGGCGGUUAUUUACAGCGAUCACGGGACAAAUUUUCAAGGCGCCAGCAAAGAAUUAGAGGAAGCUAUGGAGAACCUGGACCGAGCGAGGUUCGAAACCGAGUUUACAACUUCUCAUACGUCCUGGAAAUUCAUCCCACCGGCUUCGCCGCAUAUGGGCGGCGCAUGGGAGCGCCUCGUGCGUAUCGUGAAGCAGAACCUUGCUAAACUAAAACCGAGCAGGACGAUGUCACAUGAAGUCCUGGAAAACAUGUUGACGGAGGUCGAGAAUGUGGUCAAUUCGCACCCGAUGACCAAUCUACCGUUGGACGACGACCAGUCGCCAGUAUUAACCCCAAACCAUUUCUUACUGGGUUCUAGCAAUGGAUUGCGAUCGUGGGUACCUUUCAGUGACAGUUCGGAAUUGUUGAAAAAUUCUUGGAAAGUUUCGCAGAGCCUGGCCAACCAGUUUUGGAGGCAAUGGCUACGAGAUUACUUGCCGUAUAUUACCCGACGCACGAAAUGGUUCACAGAUGUGGAACCGAUUAGAGUCAACGAUCUGGUUGUCAUCGUAGACCCAAAACUUCCACGGAAUACCUGGCCGAAAGGCCGCGUUAUUGGCGUCAAACAAGGACCAGAUAACCAAGUGAGGAGUGCCACCGUGCAGACUUCCCAAGGUAUUUAUGAGCGGCCCGCAGUGAAGCUCGCCGUGCUCGACGUAGGCGUUAGAACCAAUGCAGCCCUGAACGACCGCAUUCGGGGGGGAGUGUUGGGUACGCUACAUCAACGCCCGUCGAACACCAUAUGCCCCACUCCAGCUAUAGCUGAUUUGCCACACCCAGCACCUACGGAGAGGAUCGUUCGAAGUUGA